CGACUAUGUUAUGGUUAAGGCUAGUUUUCCUCUAAAUUUCUUCUAUUACGAAACACGAUGUAGAUUUAACAUUUUCCUAAAAAUUUAAAUUCAUAUGAUUUAUGUUUAAAUUUUUUUUACUCUCACUUCACAAAAAAAGUCUCAUUUUGUGUGAUGUAUUUUAUUUUAACCGGCAAUUUGAAUUAAUAUACUAUUAAACUGAUAAAUUAAUAUACCAUCAAUUUCAUUGAGUGAUAGUUAUCAAUUUAUGCUAAUCCUAUAAAUUCGAAAAAUGUCACAACACGUUAUUAGAGAUAUUUUAGGAGUUUUGAAAGGAAUACAGAAAGUUGCCACAGAAGGUGUAAGACAGCAGGAGAACUAUGCUAAGCAUUUGUGGGCUAAUUCCAGUGUUAAAUCAGUUAUAAAUGAUUCACUUGAUAUCAAGAACAAGUUUGAUUCUAAAUCAAAACCUAUUAAUGAAGUUGCCAAUGAAGGGCUUCAAAGAGCUGCUAUGGUCUUAGAAGGAAUUAAAGCUUUCACAGGCUAUAUGGGUGGUUCACAAAAAGAAGAAGUUUCCUUAGAUCAGAACCAGUAUGACAUUCUAGAGUUUGAUCCUAGCAAACCUCUCACCGGGAUUUUGGAUAUUAAUGAAAUCAAGGGAAGUGACUUCAAACCAUCAGUAUUACAAGUAGAGUUAAAUACCAUAAUUAACGAGAAUGGGAUGGAAGGACAUGCUGUCUUGACUGCGUCUACUUUAGAAAAUCAAAAUCUGAAAACAAGAAGCUCUAACCAGCAACCUUUGAAUAUUUUACAACCUACCAGUUACAGCAGCGAUUCCUCUAAAAAACCACCAUAUCUGCAAGAUGCCAUCAAACCACCUAUUGUGAAGACAGCUCCACCCAUUGAAAAUUAUCAAAUCACACCAAUUAAAAAGGCAGAUAUAGUUUCUGAUAAAGAAGAGAAUAAGAAUGCUGUUAAGUCUAAGGGAGUGCAACCUGAUAAAUUUAAACAAUCUUUAAGCCGAACUGCCAGAGAAAGGAAAGUACCAUCUUCUCGCCUCGGAAGACUUAUUUCCUUCGGUGGCCUAGCAGCUGGUCUUGGUUUAGGCACAGCAGCUGAAAGUGCAAGGCGAACGUUAGGUUUAGGUAACUCUAGUUCCAGUUUGUUUAUGACUCCGGCUAAUGCAGAGAGGAUCGUCAAUACUUUAUGCAAAGUAAGAGGGGCUGCUUUAAAGAUCGGUCAAAUAAUGAGCAUUCAAGACAACAAUGUAAUUGAUCCUGUACUUCAGAAAGCUUUCGAAAGGGUCCGCCAAUCAGCAGAUUUCAUGCCCCACUCUCAAGUAGAAAGUGUGCUGAAGUCAGAAUUGGGAACUGAUUGGAGAUCUAAAUUUGCUGAAUUUGAUAUGUCACCGUUUGCGGCUGCAUCAAUUGGACAAGUACAUAUGGGAAAGUUAUUGGAUGGUAGUCUCGUUGCUGUCAAAAUACAAUAUCCAGGUGUAGCCGAGGGAAUUGAUUCCGAUAUCGAGAACCUUGUAGGUGUCAUGAACCUCUGGAAUGUCUUUCCUGAAGGUCUAUUUCUUGAGAAGAUAAUAGAAGUUGCUAAAAAAGAACUUGCUUGGGAAGUUGACUAUGUCAGAGAAGCUGAAUGUACAAGAAAGUUUAGAGAACUUGUGAAACCUUAUCCAGAGUACUACGUACCUAAAGUUAUUGAUGAACUGUGCACCGCUCGUAUCCUUACCACGGAACUUAUCGAUGGUAUUCCAGUGGAUAAAUGUGAAGAUUUGGACGAUAGUACUAAGACAACUAUUUGCCGCCUUAUUAUGAAUCUUUGCCUUAGAGAGUUGUUUGAUUGGCGCUACAUGCAAACUGAUCCCAACUGGUCCAACUUCUUUUUCAACGUCGAUUCCAAGAAAUUGAUUCUUCUUGACUUUGGAGCGACUAGAUCUUACGACAAAGCUUUCAUGGACAAAUAUAUUGAAAUCGUUAAAGCGGGCGCUGAUAAUGAUAGACAAAAAGUGCUGGAACUAUCCAGAGAAAUGGGUUUCCUUACUGGAUAUGAAUCAAAGGCUAUGGAGAAUGCUCACGUUGACACAGUCAUGAUACUCUCCGAACAGUUUAGGAAGGACAUAAAAGUUUUUGAUUUUGGAAGGCAGGACGCAACCAGAAGAGUUACUCAGUUGGUUCCGACGAUUCUCACUCACAGGUUAUGCCCUCCCCCCGAGGAGAUAUAUUCUCUUCACAGGAAAUUAUCUGGUGUCUAUCUUCUUUGUGCUAAAUUGAAGGUUAAAAUGAAUUGUCGAGAUAUGUUCGUAGAAGUUUACAACAACUAUGUUCCAGGGUAAAAAGAAAAAAAAUGAAUUUAUCAUCAAACUGAAGUAAUUCACGCUGACAUCGGUGAAAACUGCACUAGUAUUAUUUAAAACACAAGUCCUAGUGAAUCAGUUUAGCUUAAAUCAAAAUGUAAUAACUGUAUUAUCUCUGUAACCAUAAUUUCACGUGAAAUAAUUACUCAUUUGAACUAUUGAUUCAAACAAAAACUAUAGUUUUUGCAUUUAAUUUUAUCUAUUAUCUUAUUAUUUUAGUAAAAUAGCUAUUAGUUAUUCUAUAGAAUAAAUAAUAUUCAGUUUUCAUCUCACAUGUAAAAUAGUUGAACAGCAAAUAGUAGCUGCAAAUAUUUGGUCACAAACUCGCAAAUAUCAAAAGUGUCAAACCCGAAAGGCGUAGAAAUUAAAACAAAG